GCAACGGCUACUUUGCAUAUCCUGUUUGAGUGACUCAGAUUAUGACGGUCUUCGGGAGAGGAGGCUAGCUGAGCUGAGCCGCAUUGAUGCUCGGUCUGUUGGGACAAAACCAGAAGCAAGAACAGGAAAAGGCUGAUAUCCAGUGAUGGACGGGUUUGCGGGGGACAUGCUGAGCGGCGGCCGGGCUCUGCUCGGCGAGGACAGCUCGGUGAUGGCUCGCAUGCAGAAGAAGUUCUGGAAGACCAAGCAGGUCCUCAUCAAAGCCACGGGCAAGAAGGAGGACGAGUACGUGGUGGCCUCAGACGCCGACCUGGACGCCAAGCUGGAGUUUUUCCGCUCGGUUCAGUCCACGUGCACGGAGCUGCUGAAGGUGAUCGAGAAGUAUCAGCAAAGGAUCACACGCUUGUCUCAAGAGGAGAACGAGCUCGGCCUGUUCCUGCGCUUCCAGGGCGAACACGAUCGCACGAAGGCCGGGAACAUGAUGGACGCCACCAGCAAGGCCCUGUGCACCUCCGCCAAGCAGAGGAUGGCUCUGUGCCCGCCACUGCACCGCUUGCACCAGGAAGUGGAGACGUUCAGGCGGCGCGCCAUCGCUGACACGCUGCUGACAGUCACCCGUAUGGAGAAGGCCCGCACCGAGUACAGAGGAGCUCUGCUCUGGAUGAAGGACGUCUCCCAAGAACUGGACCCCGACACCUACAAACAGCUGGAGAAGUUCCGCAAGGUCCAAGCCCAGGUCAGAGGGACGAAGGGCCAGUUUGAGAAGCUGAAGAACGAUGUGUGUCAGAAGGUGGACAUGCUGGGAGCGAGCCGCUGCAACAUGCUGUCACACUCCCUCUGCACCUACCAGACCACUCUGCUGCAGUUCUGGGAGAAGACGGCCCACGCCAUGUCAGGGAUCCAAGAGGCCUUCCAGGGACACGUACCGUACCAGUUCACCACACUCAAGGACCUGCGAGACCCACUGGAGGAAUUAACAGACUUACAGAAACAAGAGGAUAAGAAGGAGAAGGCUCUACAGAGCCACACAGACAAUCUGGUGUCCUUGGAUGACGACAAGCCAUCAGGAAGUAACCCUGACGCAGACGCCGCCCACAGCAGUGAUGGGCCGAGCCAAACCAACGACAGUGCGCACCAAAACACUCCCAAACCAGCUCCAGCCCUCGGCGACCUCAGAGGACUGUCGGCGUGCUCCGAUGACGACCUGAUGCUCAUGGCCUGUAAGCUCCCAGCCCCCGCCGACUCUCCUCUCCGGCCCCAGCUCCUGCCCCCUCAGCCUGAUGAGCCCUGGGGCUUCGGAAGCUUCCAGUCCGGCUUCUCGCAGCCGCCUGCCUCCGGUGGUCCGUCUCACACAGCCGGGAUAGGGCUGGGACCAGAGGAGGAGGACGGGGAACGAGGUGACAUGGCUUUCCUCAAAGACCUCCUGAGCCCGGGCCCAGGCGCCAGCGACGAGUUCAGCAGGGAGUGGCAGGACGCGUUCGGGCUGUUCGAACCUCCCAGCGCCCCUCCUUCCAGCGCGGGAACAGAAAUUAGCGGGCCGGCGGCGGCGCGUCCACCCUCGAACCCCCCCAGCCCCACAGGCUUCCUGCCCUCGCAUCUGCUUGAUCACAGUCUGAGCUCGACAGGCUGGGCAACCCCGCCCAUGUUCCAGGCUCCACCCCUGCAGCCUCCUCCUGGUCAGAGCCAAUCAGCUCAGCCGGCUUCAAGUUCAGCAGUUAACGCUGCUCCAGCCGGGUCCAAAGACAUGUCCGCCUGGUUCAACCUGUUCGCAGACCUGGACCCCCUCUCCAACCCCGACGCCAUUGGACGCUCUGCAGACGAGCUACUCAAUGCCUAACGCGCCGUUUGUGUGUGUUUUUUGUGAGUGUGUGUGUGUGUCUGUGUGCAGCGGUGUAUCAAUACUCUCAAAGGAUCCGGAUGUCAGCACGUUGCCAUGUCAACAGCCAAGUAAAAGAAACACACACACAGACAGACAUUGAUGCACACACAUUUCUGUCAGGAGACGAGAGCAUAUCCACAAUCGCGUUUGUGUGUGUGUGUGUGUUACACUAGGAAUUGAAACACUCAGCUGACUCUGCAGCUCCUUACAUGACUGUUAACACAUGAAGACACUGACUCGUAUGCACACAUUAAACUCCAUGCGUUACCUUUCACUAUCAGUCGGUGCAGAAGAUGUUUGUGUUACAGGUUUAUUCUGGACGCUGUUGUGUUUUUGUUUUUUUUGUUUUUUUUUCUGUUUAAUCAUGUUUGCUUUGUCUGGGUGUGUCAGUUUGCUAAGUGUGCACACGACAAGGGACUCUGUAUGUAAAAAAAAUAUCUCUAUUUACUGCUUAACGUCGUUUCUACAUGGUAGCACAUGAUUGUCACAUUUUAAUGAAGAAUAUAUAUAUAUAUAUAUAAAUAAAUCUAUCUACAGGA